GGCUGUUCCGUCACUGUUUUCAGCCGCCAGUGUUUCCGACGACCAAGGAUCGCGGCACUGAGGCCGAUCUUUGGCUUGCACAAUUAUAGGCUGCAGCUGCAGAGGAUGAGCGGUGCCUUGGGAAAGGUGCUGUGCCUGAAGAAUGAUACCAUUUUCAAACAAGCCUUUUCCCUCUUAAGAUUCAAAACUUCGGGAGAGAAUCCCAUCUGUUCUUCAGGUGGUAUUCUACUGAGUAUCAGUCGGCACUAUAAGACAAAGCCCACCCAUGGCAUUGGAAGAUACAAGUACCUAAUUACAGCACAAGAGCCCAAGAAGAAGAGGGGAAAAGUGGAAGUGAGACCCAUUAAUUUGGGGACAGAUUAUGAAUAUGGGGUUUUAAACGUUCACCUGACAGCAUAUGACAUGGCCCUCGCAGAGAGUUAUGCUCAAUAUGUUCACAACCUCUGCAACGAUCUCUCCAUUAAAGUCGAGGAAAGUUAUGCGAUGCCCACCAAAACCAUGGAGGUGUUGCAGCUGCAGGACCAAGGCAGAAAAAUGUUCCUGGACUCAGUCCUGACAACUCAUGAGCGAGUAGUUCAGAUCAGCGGUUUGAGUGCAACUUUUGCAGAGAUUUUCUUGGAGAUAAUCCAAAGCAAUCUUCCUGAAGGAGUCAGAUUGUCAGUGAAGGAGCACUCUGAAGAAGACUUCAAGGGAAGGUUCAAAGCUCGGCCAGAACUGGAAGAAUUGUUGGCUAAGCUGAACUAGCUCACUGCAGACCCUUUCAUGCCAGCUCUGGUGAUAUUGAUGCUAAGAAGGGCUUCCUGAGUCAGGAAACCCUGACUCUUAGCUAUCAUAGAUACCCAUCUCCACAGCCAGGACUGCCUCCUCUCCUCUGUGGUGUGGCUGUACUUACAGUUUGUCAACCACUUUCCUUUGAGCUAAUGCUAGGUGUCCUCAAUCUAAUAAAAAUCUGCUAAUGAUG